AUGUUCCGCGCCGUCCUCCCCCGGGCUUCGCCACGGGCUGCCCUCCGCAACGCCGGCCCGAAGGCUGUUCCUUCUUCUUUCAUUGCCACCCCUAUGCUCCUCGUCCGUGGCUCAAAGCGCGGUUAUGCAUCUGAAGCUGGUGACCACGACCUCGUCAUCAUCGGCGGUGGUGUCGCUGGCUACGUCGCUGCUAUCAAGGCCGGUCAAGAGGGUCUGAAGACUGCUUGUAUCGAGAAGCGCGGAACCCUCGGUGGUACCUGCUUGAACGUCGGCUGUAUCCCCUCCAAGUCCCUGCUCAACAACUCCCACCUCUACCACCAGAUUCUCCACGACACGAAAAAGCGCGGUAUUGAGGUUGGCGAUGUCAAGCUCAACCUCACCCAGAUGCUCAAGGCCAAGGACGAGUCCGUCAACGGCCUGACCAAGGGUGUCGAAUUCCUGUUGAAGAAGAACGGUGUCGACUACAUCAAGGGUGCCGGUUCUUUCGCCGAUGCCAACACCAUCAAGGUCGCCCUCAACGACGGUGGUGAGCAGACCAUCCGCGGCAAGAACAUCCUCAUUGCCACUGGUUCCGAGUCCACUCCUUUCCCCGGCCUCAACAUCGAUGAGAAGCGCAUCAUCACCAGCACCGGUGCUCUCGCCCUCACUGAGGUCCCCAAGAAGAUGGUCGUCAUUGGUGGUGGUAUUAUCGGUCUCGAGAUGGCUUCCGUCUGGUCCCGUCUCGGUGCUGAGGUCACCGUUGUCGAGUUCCUCGGCCAGAUCGGUGGUCCCGGUAUGGAUGCCGAGAUUGCCAAGCAGGCCCAGAAGAUCCUGGGCAAGCAGGGCAUCAAGUUCAAGACCGGCACUAAGGUCAUCAAGGGUGAUGACAGCGGUGCUACCGUCUCCCUGCAGGUUGAGUCCGCCAAGGGCGGCAAGGAGGAGACCCUCGACGCUGACGUUGUCCUCGUCGCCAUUGGUCGCCGCCCCUACACCGAGGGCCUGAACCUCGAGAACGUCGGCAUUGAGAAGGAUGACCGUGGCCGUCUCGUCAUUGACCAGGAGUACCGCACCAAGGUUCCCCACGUCCGUGUCGUCGGUGACUGCACCUUCGGCCCCAUGCUCGCCCACAAGGCCGAGGAGGAGGCCGUCGCUGCCGUUGAGUACAUCAAGAAGGGCUACGGCCACGUCAACUACGCUGCCAUCCCCAGCGUUAUGUACACCCACCCCGAGGUCGCCUGGGUUGGCCAGAACGAGGCCGAGAUUAAGGCUUCCGGCGUCAAGUACAGCGUCGGUACCUUCCCCUUCAGCGCCAACUCCCGUGCCAAGACCAACCUCGACACUGAGGGUGUCGUCAAGUUCAUCGCCGAUGCCGAGACCGACCGCAUUCUCGGUGUCCACAUCAUCGGGCCCGGUGCCGGUGAGAUGAUCGCCGAGGCUACCCUUGCCAUUGAGUACGGUGCCUCCAGCGAGGACAUUGCCCGCACAUGUCACGCUCACCCUACCCUCUCCGAGGCCUUCAAGGAGGCUGCCAUGGCCACCUACUCCAAGCCCAUCCACUUCUAGACUUGAUCUCCCUUGA